AGCAGCGGCCAGCGGGGAAGCUUGGAAGGAAGAGAUAUCGUGAUUAGGUACCUAGGUAUGGUCCCUUGGAAUUGAAGUUCCACAUCAACCCAUCCUCUCAUCAUUAUUCCUUACACAAUAAUAAUGAGGACCAACAUACCCGCUCUCGCAGCCACAUUGGUCGGCUUAUUGUUUGUCGCCCCUGCUGCCUCAGAGUGCAACGCCACGACCAACCCAACAAUCGAACUCCGUGCGGGCACUGUCAUAGGCGCCGUCGACCAUGACGUCGAAUACUUCCGGGGCAUUCCCUACGCGCAGCCCCCAACCGGCGCCCUGAGACUGAAACCCCCCGUCCCCCUCAAGAGCUUUGGCCCAGACCCGGUCGAUGCCACCGGCGUCGGGCCCGCGUGCGCCCAGCUCACAGCAGUCGACCCCACGCCGCUCUGGGUCGAGGCGCUCGCCCUGCCCGGCGUCGCCGAGACGCUGUCGUUCGGGUCGGCGUUGGGCGGCCUGGGGGAGGACUGCCUGACCAUCUCGGUCCUGCGACCGCGCGGCACGGCCGCCGACGCGAAGCUGCCCGUGCUCUUUUGGAUCCACGGGGGCGGCUUUUCGUCCGGCAGCGCGCAGAUGUAUAACGGGUCGGUGCUGGUGCCCCAGUCGGUGGCGCAGGGCAAGCCGAUGAUCCUGGUGGCUGUCAAUUAUCGGCUCGGCGCGUUUGGGUUUCUUGGAGGGAAACAGGUGUUCGCGGAGGGGGUGGCUAACCUGGGUCUGCUCGACCAGCGCAUGGGGCUGGAGUGGGUGGCCGACAACAUUGCGGCGUUUGGGGGUGAUCCCGAUGCAGUGACGAUAUCGGGCGAGAGCGCCGGCGCUGUCAGUGUGUUUGACCAGCUUGCCCUGUUUGACGGCGACAACACCUACAAAGGCCGGCCUUUGUUCCGAGGGGCCAUCAUGAACAGCGGCAGCAUCACACCCACGGAGCCGGUCGACAGCGUCAAGCCCCAGUGGAUCUUUGACACGGUAGUCGAAGCGGCGGGGUGCGCGUCAGCGGCGGACUCGGAUAAGGUCGAAUGUUUGCGAGGGGUCGAUUACGAGACGCUCGUAAAUGCAUCGAACAGUGUUCCCGGUUCGCUAGGCUAUUAUUCCCUGGCGUUGAGUUACGCUCCUCGGCAAGACGGUGUGGCUCUCACUGCCAGCCCGGAAGUCCUUGCGCAGACAGGGAAAUACGCGCAAGUCCCAAUCAUCAUCGGUAAUCAGGAGAACGAGGGAACGGUAUUUGCUCUGUUCCAAGCCAACAUCACCACCGAAGCAGCCCUGGUCUCCUACCUCAACACCAUCUUCUUCCAACACGCCACACCUGAGGAGGUCGCAGGCCUUGUCGCCACCUACCCCGAGAACCCCGACAGCCCUGGCGGCGUGGGCCCGUCGAACAGCACCUACGCCGAGUUCAAGCGGCUGGCCGCCAUCCUGGGCGACUGGGAAUUCAUUCUCAUGUCGCGCCUCCUUCUGGACACAUUCCCCGCCACCGUUCCGGCGUGGUCAUACCAAGCCUCAUACGAAAGCGGGACCCCGAUUCUGGGGACCUACCACACCACCGACGUGCCGCAGUUGUUCGUCAAGACGGAUGAUGUCAGCGCCGCUAUCCAGGCGCUGUACAUCUCGUUUGUGGAUUCGUUGGACCCCAACAACUACGCGGCCGGCACCACUCCUAGCGGGUACUUGACAGCCUGGCCGACAUGGCAAGACGGGAAGCAACUGCUGGAACUUGGGACUGAAUCUACGCGGCUCAUAGAUGGUGAUGCCAGGGCGGCCAGCUUUGAGUACAUCCGCGCCCACAUCGGGAGCUUGCACCUCUAAUGGUAACAGCUAGUUGCUAGAUAACA